AUGGAGCUUGAUUUGAAUCAGGAGCCUUUGGAUCGUAGUAGUAGUUCAGUAGUUGAAUUUGAUUCUGUAUUGGAAGAACUUGAAGCUGCCGAAGGAAAUAUUCGGAACCGAAUAAGACACCUCGAAGAGAUUACUUCGAGAGCGAGGCAGAGUCGGAGGUUGCCGCGGAUGAGGAUGAAUUCGCCGAUUCGGAUAACAAAUUUUACGGGAGCAGCAACGACUGAUGAUGAUGUUGUUCGAGGUGAAGAAGAAAGGGAGGAGCAGAAUGAUGUUGAAAAAGGUGGAAAAAGAAAGAGUGCUCAUUUAGUAGCGAAAGCGUUGGGGGUGGAAGAGAUUGAUGAGGGUAAAGUGGAGGAGAGUAGUGGGAGUUUUUACGAUUGUAAUAUAUGUUUGGAUGUUGCGAGAGAUCCUGUUUUGACGUGUUGUGGGCAUUUGUUUUGUUGGCCGUGUUUUUAUCAGUUAUCGUAUGUUUAUUCGAAAGCGAAGGAGUGCCCUGUUUGUAAAGGAGAGGUUACUGAGUCGGGUGUUAUUCCGAUUUAUGGGAAUGGUAAUGUUGGUGGUGAUUGUCAGAUGGAAAUGAAAGAAGCUGGUUUGAGAGUUCCUCCUCGACCUAAGGCUCCUAGAAUUGAGAGUAUUAGACAGAAGUUGAUAACACAAGGUGCAUCUUCUUCGUCUAUUGUCCAAAGCAUUCGGCGGUUUCAUAACCGAAUUGGUGGAUUUGGAGAACAAGCUCAGUUAGAAAGCCCUAAUAACAGAGGUGAUAGAAGUAAUGGUACGCUCGUUCGUUCUCGCACGCAAACUGAUAUUAAUCAACACGCUGACACUCAUCAGGUUUCAAGGUUGCUAGAACAAGGAGCUUCUUCAUUUUCAUCGCUUUCAUCAGCGUUAAACUCUGCAAUGGAUUCUGCAGAAAGAUUAGUUCAGGACCUUGAAUCUUAUAUCCACGGCCACAAUAUAGGAGGAAGCAGAGAGCUAAACCAUCGCGCUCUCGUUGCUAUAGACCGCUCAGAGAGCCGUGCUCAAGAUGUUGUUAAUGUGGCCAAUUCUGCCGCUGCAGCAGCUAGGAAUGUUGACAAUAUUGCUUUUAGUGGUUCAGAAAUUCAGACAACUGAUAGAAACAUACAUAUUAGUCCGUUAGACCCUUCUUCUUCAAACAGUAGAAGAAGAAACGGUGAUUCAAGACAUGUUUCAAAUGAACCCAGAAGAAGAAGACGAUUGAGAUGA